UGUUUUUUGCUGACUAUGUAACAAAUUUCCCCUGUAGAUAGUUUACCACUUGAAUGGUGUGUGAGGUCUGUCUCUCAAAGGUUUCCUCACACAAAUACUGCAUGGAAACCCCCAAACCAAAGGAUAAGCUCCUCCUACUUGCUCUGUCCUAUAAAUACUGCAGCAGUCAAUCAUAGCAAGAGACUGCAGGAGAAGAAUCAGCUCCUUCACUUCCAGACUUACAGGUUCUUCAUUUGAGUUGAAAGAUGUACAACAUCAGUGUGACGUGUGCAGAGAUUCAGUCCUCAGUGGGGUUUGUGUUCGUGAUUCUGCCUGUGAUUCUGAAUCAAACACUCAAUGAUCCUGACUGUGAACAGAGCUGGUAUACAGAGGACGGGCUUCUGUUAGCAGAUCCAUCAGAUCCACACAAACUGAUGUAUCCUGUGACGUCUGUCUCAUCUGAACGUCUCGUCACGUCUCACUGUGUGAAUCUGAUUCAUGAGAUCAUCUGUGAUGAAUCAAGACUCAGACUUGAGAUCAUGUUCAGAGUGAGGAAUGAAACUGCAGCGACUCUAAACUCAGAUGUUCUGGAUGAAGUGACUCCAUCUCUCCAGCUCUCAGAUCAGUUGUGGUGGAUUUUGGCUCUUUUAUUCAUCAUGGUUCUUCUGCUCUUUAUGUGUUUCAUGCUGCGUAAAAGGAUCUUCAGGCUAGUACAGAGAUAUAGGACACGACUGCAUUCAUCACAAGCAAAUGUAAAACACAAUCCUGAUCCUCAGACUCCCAUGAAGUUCAUGAAGUUGAAGUUCAAUUGUUUGGCUGGUAGUGAGGUUUGGCUGAAUCAUCUUUCUGAGAGUUUGGAUCCUCUGAAUCCAGCUGGAAUGCUUGGCAUGAAUCGUCAGGGCUUCGUCAUGCUGGAAUGUGUCACUCACACACAUGACGUCACUACAGACGUCAGGACAGGAGUCACAGAAGAUGAGCAGAUGAAGACUAAAGACAGAGAUGGAGGAAAGAACAGAAUAUCAACAUGUCUGCCGCUGAGAGCACAGGAGAAGAUGGAGCAAAGACGAACCUCCUACGAGUAA